AUGGCUGCUGCGAAUCCAGCACAACAGCUCCGAGCUCAACUGACUUGUUCAGUGUGUCUAGAUUAUUUUAAAGAUCCAGUGUGUCUAGACUGUGGGCACAAUUUCUGCCAGGCCUGCAUCACUCAGUGCUGGGAUGCAUUGACUACAAACUUCCACUGUCCUGAGUGCAGAAGAACCUUCUCCCAGAGAAACUUCAAACCAAACAGACAGCUAAGGAAUAUUGUAGAAGCUUCCAGAACACUUACACUGGAGUCAACAAAUGAACCAGAAGUUGAGAGAGUGUGUGAGAAACACAAGAGGGCUUUAGAUGUCUUCUGCCAAGAGGAUCAAAUACCCAUUUGUAUGGUUUGCCAUCUGUCCCGAGAUCACAAAGAACACACUGUGGUUCCCAUAGAGGAGGCUGCCCAGGAUUACAAGGACCAAAUUCAGAGCCGUUUGGAGAUUUUGAAGAAAGAGAAAGAACAGAUUCUGUCAUUUAAAUUGAACGGGGAAAGGAAAAGCCAGGAACUGCUGAAACAGCUACAAACUGAGAGGCAGAAGAUUGUGUCUGAAGUUCAGCAACUACAUCAGUUACUGAAGGAACAAGAGCAACUCCUCCUGGCCCAGCUGGAAGAGCUGAAUAAGGAAAUUGAAAAGAGGAGGGCUGAGUAUGUUGCCAAACUAUCUGAGGAAAUAUCUUCUUUCAGUCACCUGAUCAGUGAGAUGGAGCAGAAGUGCCAGCUGCCAGCGAGUGAAUUCCUGCAGGACAUCAAAGGCACCUUGAGCAGAUGUGAGAGGGAGAAGUUUCAGAACCCAGUGGCCUUUUCUUCGGAACUGAAAUGGAGAAUCUGGGAAUCUUCUCAAAGAAAUGCAUCUCUGGAGACCAUAAUGAAGAAAUUCAAAGACUCACUGUCGUCUAGACAGCGGUUGGACAAAGCCAACGUGACUCUGGAUCCAGACACGGCCCAUCCCGACCUCCUCGUGUCUGUGGAUCGGAGACGUGUGAGAUGGGGCAGACGGCAGGAUCUGCCCAACAACCCUGGGAGAUUUGACAUUAGGUCCUGCGUGCUGGGCUGCGAGGGAUUCACUUCAGGCCGACAUUACUGGGAGGUGGAGGUGGAGGUGGAGGGGGAGUGGAGGGGAGUCUGGGCUGUGGGGGUGGCCAGAGAGUCUGUGAGCAGGAAGGGAUGGAUCAGCUUCACCCCUGAGCAGGGGAUCUGGGCUCUGCAGGGCAGAGGAGAUCAGUACCGGGCUGUCACGUCCCCUGAUGAUCUCACCCCCUUGUCCCCGAGCCAGGCACCCCGCAGGAUCCGGGUUUAUCUGGACUAUGAAGAGGGGCGGGUGGUGUUUUUCGAUGCUGGUUGCGGGGACCCGAUCGUCACUUUCCCGCCGGCCGCUUUCGCCAGGGAGAGAAUCCGCCCGUUCUUCUGUGCGGGAUACGAGGGAAACCCUCUUUCUUUUCUGAUCCCUUCCCUGGGCCGAGGCUGCCAACUCACACUGUGUCCCUGAGCUUCCCUGUCUGUCCCCCCGGAACAGGCUCCUCUAGCCCCCUCCCUCCUGAUCUCUGUGACCUGGAGGACUCAGCCAGUCUCCCCCCCGCACAGACGGGGCUGAAGCGGAGGCGGGGCUGGGGGGGGUGACGCUCUCCCCAUAGCUCUAUGGCUGCGGAGGUCUGUGUGAGGCUCUCUAGGCUGGGUCUCUAUGCUCCUAGGAGGCCAACUCUGUGGGGGGGGGGGGGGGGGGGGGGAAUCCCACCAAGGAAGGAGGGAGCCCCCCUGUGGGAGGGACCCAGCCGCGGGCCAGGGAGAGACCCCUCAACUGAGCGGAGGGGAGCCGGGGGAGCCCUGGGGGAGGGAGCUGGGGGGAGGGGACCCAGGCAGUGGGGAGCUGGAGCCGGUUGUUAAAUUUGGAACCGGUUUUAGAACCGGCUGUUUGGCCGCUGCCCUGCAGGGGGCGCUGAGGCUUUGCUGGGCUCCGGCUGGGAAGUGCUGCAAUUCCUCCUCCGGCCGCCGGGGGCGCUGCGCUGCGGGAGCCACCUGGGCUGCCGCCUGGCCCUGGGCACCAGCCCUGGGGCUGCCGCUGCUGCCGGGUGGGUCCCCGGCUGCGCUGCUGGGCCUGGGCUACGUCCUGCUGCUCCCCCCGUGACCCCCCCCACCCUGCCCACAGCCACCCCCUGCCUGCAGCCAGCCCCACACCCCCUGCCCUGCCUCCAGCCAGCCCCGCACCCCCUGACUGAAGCCAGCCCCUGCCGCACCCCCUGCCCUGCCUCCAGCCACCACCU